AUGACAAUUAGAACCCCAUCAUCAAUGGACAAUUAUAUUAGUCCUCCAUCGUCUCCCAGUUAUGCCUAUCUAACAGAACCAAUCGAUAAAAAUUUGGAAUGUGCAAUUUGUUUACAACGUUUAAGAGAUCCACGUGCCCUUCCAUGUCAACAUGUUUAUUGUUUGGAUUGCCUUCAAUCGUACGGUCGAAAAAAUCUAGACUUUCGUACUCAAACAAUCAAAUGUCCAAUAUGUGCUCAACCGACAAUAUAUUCAUCAGCUGAUAAAUAUCCAGCAUCUUAUAUUCAUCGUAAUCUACUCGAAUUAAAACCAAAAGACUAUCAUAUUCUAGCAAAAUGUACAAAAUGUUUUCAAAAAACACAAUUGCAACUCUGCAACUGUUGUGAUUAUCUAUUAUGUAUAUGUUGUUACAAUGAACAUCGUCAAUUAAUUUAUGAUAAUAUUGAACAUGUCAUACAAACAUGUCAUUAUCGUUUAAAAUGUAUUGAACAGACAAAAGAUCAGUUAAAAAUAACAAAACAAUCGUCAUUAAGAACAAUAAAACAAGUUGAAACUGCAUAUGAAAACUUGGAACGUAAAAUAGCCGAUUAUAAAAAAUAUGUUUUACAACGUUUAUAUAAAUAUAGUGAUAAUCUUUUUAAUAUAUUUUGGUCAAAAUUGGAUAUACCGGCAAUGGAUUCCAUUGAAAAAAUUUUGAAACAAGCCGAUAAUUUAUUAAAAACAAAAAAUGACCAGCAAAAAUUUGAUGAUGUUUUAGCAAUCUAUUAUUCACUAAUAUCGACUGCUGAACAAUUAGAGCAAGCGAAUACACUGAUCAAUACCUUUGAUCUACAAAAAUUAUUGAAAAGUGACAUACAGUUAAGCGGACAAGGUUUACCACAAACGAAAAUUUAUAUUAAAAAGUUUGACAAUAAUGGAAACGAUGACGAACAAGACGAAGAAGAAAUCACACUAUUACCACCAGCAUUUUGUGUCGGAAGUUCAUUGAGUACAACUGUAAGCUUACCAUCAAAAUCAUCUACUGCCACCACAACAACAAUAGAUAUUAAUAAACAACGACGAAAAAAACACGAAUCACAACGACAUAUUGUCUCACAGAUUAGUGAGGCAGAUGAAUAUCUUAGUAACAGUAAUCAGGAACAGUUACCUAUGUUGAAAAAAAUGAAAGUUGAAUGUGAACAAGUUUUAACACAGAAUAUGUUUGAUUUAUUGUCAACAACUGAAAGUACAACAACGACUAAUACGUUACCAUCACCAACAUUUUCAUCGAAUGGUUCAGUGGAGUUUUUAGAAACAAUAUGGAAUAAUGAUGAACAAGAAUUAGAUGAAAAUGAUGAGAAAAUCGAUGGUGAUGAUGAUGAUAUAGUUUAUUUAGAAACAACAAUGAAACAACCUAGUAAUAAUAUAACAACAGAUCAACUUGAUUUAUUUUUUGAACCGGUUUCUGAUUAA